UUCCAAAUGAGCCAAGUGUAUUCAAUGCUUGCUUCCCUGCUGCUUGUGCUGACAGCAAUGGUGACACAAUGUCACUGCGACGACUGCGACCCCACCGAAAUCGAAAAGUAUUUCGAGGAGCCUCCCGAUGCGUGGAAGCUGGUGAAAGAGUCCCACGAUAUAUUUUAUCUCGUGUAUCACUCAAAAAAUUAUGAAUUCGAUAGAGAUCAUUUUUGUUUGUGGGCACUUAGAAAUGCGAUAUACUCGCAUGAGAAAAAGGCACAGUACACAUUUCAUUACUGGAAUGAUUUAGAAAGAGUAACAGGAUCGGUGACUGUGUAUGCUCGAAAGAGCGACAAAGCAUAUGAAAAGGAAAAUUAUUUUCUUGUGAGCGAUCCCGAGGUAGGGUCAACGCCUGCCGCAAAAAAAGAAACACGUCCUGCCAAACAAUCAAGUGGAAAAAGGGACGGAAAGACUUACCAGUUGCUUUUCACCGACUACAAGUCAUGUGCUGUUCUUAAAUCUUCAUACUUGGGGGUUCAAGUAUGGGUAACGGAUACCUACUUGAAAACACACAAUGAUGUGCCAUAUGGAUGUUCCUUGGCUUAUGAUUUGAUGGCUGACCAAAACAAAACCAUCGCGUAUGACUGGAGAAAAUGUGGUGUUUUUAAGCAUACUGAGCUAUAG